AGGCAGUACUCGCGUGUAAUUGGGACGAUUAGGAUGAUCGCCCUCAAGUGGUCGGUGGUGUUUUUGGGGUUGGCGCUGACCGCCUUCGGGACGGCGGCAGCAGAACGACCCCUUUCCGGUGAAUUUAACGUUGACGAUCCUCCACAAAUAGCGCCGGCGUUCGCGGCCGAAGAAAGUGAAAUUGUGCCUCUGCAAGCAGUGGAUGAAUCAUACCGUCUGCCGAAGACCAGCUAUCCAACGCACUAUGACAUUCAGCUGCGCACGGAUGUGCACACGGGUGAAAGGCAGUUCCAAGGAACGGUUGCCAUCCAUUUGAACGUGGUUGCAGCGACCAACUCCAUUGUAGUUCAUCACCGCAGCCUUACGAUUCAAAGUGCAAAACUCGUGCUGGUUCCAACGGCUGGAGAGCCUCAAGAGCUGGACGAUCCUACCUGGACGUACGAUACUCGUGUUGAACAGCUCUCUUUCAAAAGUGUAAAUCCGCUGAACCCCGAUAGCUACAUUCUUACAGUGACUUACGCCGGCCGAUUGUCCAACAACCAGGAUGGGUUCUAUAUGUCCUCAUAUGUGGAUGCUCAAAACAGAACUGUGUACUUGGCAACUACACAAUUUGAGUCUACCAGUGCACGCAUGGCCUUUCCGUGUUACGACGAGCCGGCCCUGAAGGCUACCUUCGCCCUGCAGAUCACCCAUAGCAGGUUCUACACGGCAAAUUCCAAUAUGGAGUACGACUUCGAGAUUGAUGGCGAUUAUCGAAUUUCAAAGUUCAAAGUCACUCCAAUAAUGUCUACGUAUCUGUUGGCCUUUGUGGUAUCGGACUUUGCUUACAAAGGUCCCGCAACGCAUCGUGUCCACGCGCGCGCAAAUGCCAUAAACGAAGUCGAUUUUGCCGUUGAAGCGGGACAAAUCAUUCUGGAGAAGCUCGAUACACACCUUGGUAUUGGAUACUACGACCACAUGCCAACAAUGAAGCAGUUCGCCAUUCCGGAUUUCGCCGCAGGUGCAAUGGAGAACUGGGGCCUGGUCACGUACAGGGAACAGUAUCUGCUGUUCAAUUCAGAGUUAAGCACUUAUCGCACCAAAACCAACAUUGCCACAGUGAUUGCCCACGAGUACGCUCACCAGUGGUUUGGAAAUUUGGUCAGCCCCGAAUGGUGGGAGUACAUUUGGCUGAACGAGGGCUUCGCCACCCUCUACGAGUACUAUGCCACGCACAUGGCUUAUCCAGAGGUUGGUUACUGGGAACUUUUCAACACCCAGGUCAUCCAGGCGGCCAUGGUUCCCGACGGACUGGACUCCACCCGACCGAUGACCUGGAACGCCGAUACUCCGGCCUCGAUUGGAAGUUUGUUCGAUCGUGUUGCAUAUCCCAAGUCUGGAAGCGUUUUGAACAUGAUGCGUAACGUCCUCGGUGAGGAUAACUGGACUGCUGGUCUGAAGGCUUAUCUCACGGCGCGGCAGCUUAACACUGCCAACUCUGAUCAUUUGUAUACCGGCCUUCAGUCGGCUAUUCAAGGCAAGAAUGUCCUUCCGGACGGAGUCACUGUCAAGGAUAUUAUGGAGUCAUGGGCGACGGAGAAGGGCUAUCCAGUUCUGAGUGUGCGCCGAACCUACGAAACCGGAAGUGUGAUCAUCUCCCAAGAACGGUUCAUUUCUGAUCGCAAGGUUCCCAAUACGAACAUUUGGAUGAUCCCGUAUAACUUCGUUCGGCAGUCCAGGGCCGAUUUUGACGAUCUGAAUACCUUCAGCUGGCUCAGUACGAAGGCAGCUCGUAUCAGCACCGACGUAUCUGCCAAUGAGUGGAUCAUAUUCAACAAGCAACAGGUCGGAUAUUACCGAGUCAACUACGACGAUGCUAAUUGGGAACUGAUCACGAAUGCAUUGAUCAACAACGUGGACAGCAUCCAUCGGCUUAAUCGAGCCCAACUUAUCGAUGACGCGUACUGGUUGGCCCGCUCUGGACGACUGGACCUAGAGAUCUUGAUGAAGCUGCUUACCUAUCUGCCGAACGAAACGGAAUACGCUCCAUGGACGGCGGCCAACAAUGUCCUGUCCUACUUCAACGGAAAACUCCGAGGAACCCCUGAUUAUGAAAACUUCACGACGUUAGUGAACCACCUCAUCAGGAAGGUGUACGCAACUCUGGAGGUCGACUCAGUUUCCGAGUCGGAGCCCCUGCUACACAAAUAUUUGAAACAGACCAUCUCGACGUGGGCCUGUAUGGUCGGAAACGAAGAUUGCCUGAAGCGUACCAAGGCAGCUCUCCAAAAGGAAGUAACCGAAGGCGUCAAGGUACAUCCCGACAUUGCUACCGUUGUGUAUUGCCAAGGUCUACGAACUGCCGAUGCAGCUGAGUACCAACAUCUCUACAAACGUAUCUACUCAACCCAAAACUGGGCCUUCAGAUCGAUGAUCAUCACCGCACUGGGAUGCUCCGAGAACAAAGAGUUCCUGAAGGCCUUCCUGCAAACCGCAAUCGCUUCAAACGGAGCUGGUGUUGAGAUCAACUACAAAUCCGCCGAACGCACUCAAAUCGUACAAGCAGUGUACUCUGGUGGACGGGCCGGUGUUGACGCGUUGAUUGAGUUCCUAAGAGACCCUGACAUGGUCAGGGAAUUCAUUUCCCGAUUGGGCAUCAACACUCUCAACAGUGCCAUCUCAAAUAUCGCGUCCCGCACAAACAAUCAGGAAGAAUUGAACAUGCUCAAUGACCUGUUGACCGACUUGGGCGAAAACAUCACACCCCAAACGGCAGAGUCGGCCCGUGCAACCGUACAGGCGAACUUUGCAUGGCAGCAAAGCUCCGAAGGACUCCUUACGGUGAACUUUGUGGAAGAGUACGUCGACUCGAUUGUACCAGAGCCACCAACCACGACUGAAGGACCCACGGUCACCCCUGGUCCCACCACAGUAAGCCAGGCUCCGAGCACCACGACCGCCGGUUCCACCACGACUGAAGAUGAUGGCGGUGCAGCUACCAUUGCAGUUUCCAUCACUCUACUGGUCAGCGCAGUGGCAGUGGCACUGUUCAACUGAGGCACUGUAUCAGCAUUAUUCAUCGCCCAAAUCAUCCGCCGAAUUUAUUUGAGAAGCUUACUCAGAACUUCGAUAAGAAAUGCAGAGGUUUGGGUCAGUCAUCGCCAAAUAAUCUAAUCGCAAUAAAUUUGCACUAAUAUAAGGUUUAUGUGUUACUAAUA